UUUUUUUUUAUCGACAGUAACAUCCGCAGUUUGUGCACGUUCCGAGCAAAAUAUUUAAUAAGUUGUGGUUCGUAGGAGGGGCGGCUCUCUCGAAUCCUCCCCGAAGCUUUCAGUUUAUAGAAGCUUUUAGUAUAGAAAUAUCACAUUGUACACAACUAUCGUCCAGAUAUUUUUUUAACACUGUUUAAAAUUCUCUUAUUCGGAUCGGUGCGUUAAAACGGUGUAAAAAUAAUAACGGUGGAGAUAUGAAAGUAAAGAAUACAAUUAGUUACACAAUAGAAAUCUGGCUUCGAAUUUUUGGCAUAUGGCCAAACGUAUCGUGUGUUUUAUUACGUAGACUAUUUUGGUUCGUCGCGCUCCUAAUCGAGCAAGUUUUUCAAUAUCGAUAUAUCGUAAAACAAUUCCAUUUGAUUGACUUUUCCGAAAUAAUGAACAUUUUAAGUGCAACAAUAGCGUAUUUGAUAUUGUUAAUUAAACUCGUCAUUUUUUGGUGUAAACAGCGAACGUUCAAUAGGAUAUUGACGAUGAUGGCGAUUGACUGGGAAAAGUGUUCCACCACGGAAUUCAGUAUGUUUGUGACAACAUACAAUGCCAAGCUGUCACAUCGCUUCGCUAACACGAUAGUGAUUUUUUAUUCGACGGCUGUAGUUCUUUUUAGCAGCAAAAUCUUCUUAAGACUGGAUGACGGCACAGCUUCCAACGUUUCCACGCAAAUGCUCAUUCUGGAUAUGGAGUUACCAUUUGACACCAACCAAAGAUUCAUAUAUGAGUUAGUUCUAAUUGUUCAAUUUCUUCAUUUGAUAUUGUGCUCCGACGUAAUCGGCCUAUUGAACGCUUUGCUCAUAAAUCUGGUAUUGCAUAUAGGCGGUCAAAUCGAUAUUCUUUGCAAAGGGCUGAUAACAAUUUUUGCAGAAAAACGCAGUUUGAAUCAUUUUACGGUAAAAAAGAUAAUAAAGAAACAUCAGAAAAUCAUCAUCUUUUCGAAGCAAAUCGAAGAUCUGUAUUCAUAUAUAGCAAUAGUGCUGUUCGUGUUAAACACUUUAAUUAUCUGUUGCUUGGGUUUUGUAAUAGUUGCGUCAAUAGGUCGACCCGAAGCAUCGAAGAGUAUAAUCAGAACUCUCUUAUUUUACCUCGCUAUGAAUAUGGAGCCGUUCGCAUUUUGUUUCGCCGGAGAAUAUUUAAGCGCUAAGAGUAAUACCAUUGGAGAUGCUGCGUACGAUUCUCUUUGGUACGAAUCAAAUCCCAAAGACAGUCGAAUUAUAUUGUUUAUGAUAAUGAGGUCGCAAAAUCAAUUAACUAUUACAAUCGGAAAAGUCAUGAAUUUGUCUUUGGAACGAUUUAGCAGCGUAAGU